CCUCCUCUCUUUCCGUCGCCCGUCCAGGAAGGGGAAAAGAAAGCAGCGACGCCUGGGAGCGACGCUUGCAAGCUGAUGUGUCGCUGGCUGUAAAAUGGAGAGCGACACCACUGUGCGGAGAAUAAAACCAUCAUCAUUAGGGACACAUAAUAGCUAUGCAGCGGCGGGCCACCGGUACGGUGGAAACAACAACGGCUGGAGCGGCGGCGAGCCGAAGAGGAAGCCCGACGUGAGCUUGUACCUGCUGAGAGAGGGUCUGGCAACUUCCCUGGUGUGCUUGUUUAUUUUGCUGCUGUGGGGACUCGUUCAUUUGUCGCUGCAGCAGCUCGUCAUAGGGAAGCCGAGCGCCGACUUCAACGCGGAGAGAGCCAGGUGGCACCUGGAGCACAUCACCAGCGUCGGGCCUCGGCCAGUGGGCAGCCAUGAGAACGAGGUCCUGACGGUGAACUACCUACUGGAGCAGAUUGAGAAGAUCCGCCAGGAGACGGCACAGGGCCCCCAUCAGCUCACCGUGGACGUGCAGCGGCCCACGGGCUCCUUCUCCAUCGACUUCCUGGGCGGCUUCACCAGCUUUUACGACCGCGUCACCAACAUCGCCGUGCGUCUGGAGCCCAAAGGCGGCACGCAGCAUCUGAUGCUGGCCAACUGUCACUUUGACAGCGUGGCCAACAGUCCAGGUGCAAGUGACGAUGCCGUGAGCUGCGCAGUCAUGCUGGAGGUCCUCUACUCUCUGGCCAACCAGUCUACUCCUCUCCACCAUGGUGUCAUCUUCCUCUUUAAUGGUGCUGAGGAAAAUGUCCUGCAGGCUAGUCAUGGUUUCAUCACUCAGCACCCGUGGGCCAAACAGGUGAGAGCCUUCAUCAACCUAGAGGCCGCAGGCGUCGGGGGCAAGGAGGUGGUUUUUCAGACAGGUCCAGAGAAUCCAUGGCUGGUCCAGGCUUACGUCCACGCCGCCAAACACCCAUUCGCGUCCGUGGUGGGCCAGGAGGUCUUUCAGAGCGGCGUCAUUCCCUCCGACACGGAUUUCCGCAUCUAUAGGGACUUUGGUAACAUUCCAGGCAUUGACCUGGCCUUCAUCGAGAACGGUUUCAUCUACCACACCAAGUACGACACCGCAGACAGAAUCCUCACAGACUCCAUCCAGAGAGCAGGUGACAACAUCCUGGCUGUCCUCAAGCACCUACUUAUGUCUGAAAAGUUGGCCGACUCCUCUGAGUAUCGUCAUGGCAACAUGGUGUUCUUCGACGUGCUAGGCGUGGCCGUGGUGGCUUACCCAGCACGUGUUGGCACCAUCAUCAACUACAUGGUCGCCUUGGCAACCUUCGUCUACCUGGCCAGGAAAGCCUCUCUGCCCGGAAACCGAGGUGGACGCUAUGUUCGAGAUCUGACCUGUGCCACCGGCGUGGUGGUGCUCAGCUGGUUGGUCACCCUACUGUCGGUCCUGAUCGUGGCUGUCCUGGUGACGCUGCUGGGCCGCUCCAUGUUCUGGUACAACCACUUCUACGCCUCCGUGUGUCUCUACGGCGCCGCCGCCACAGGGAAGAUGGUGCUGGUGCACACGCUGGCCAAGAACCUCUACUAUGGGGGUGUGCGUCUGGUGGAGCUGGGCGACCUGUACUUUGACGUGAGCCUGCUGCUGUGGUGCUGCAGCCUGGUGUGGUUGACCCAGCGGGGCCUUUGCUCCGCCUACGUGCCCAUGCUCAUGGUGGCCUUCCCCCUGGCCACCAAACUGCUGCUUGCCAAGGAAUUUAAGAACAGAGGAGCGUCAUUUAAGUACAGUGUCCUCUACCUGCUGGGUCUGGCCUUGCCCUACCUGCACUUCAUGUUUCUCAUUUGGGUGGUGUUUGAGAUCUUCACGCCUAUCAUGGGGCGCAGCGGCACCGAGAUACCACCGGAGAUGGUCUUGGCUGCCAUGGUUACCAUUGGGACUAUAUUGAUCUCUUCUUUUUUCAUUCAUUUCAUCUACCUGGUACGGAGCACAAAGUGGACCUUGGCGGGUCUGGCAUCCAUCUUUAUGGUCAUGUUCCUGCUGGUGUCCUGCAGUCUCCUCUUUCCCUAUUCGGGAAGCGCCGACAGCCCACGGCCCAAGCGGGUCUUUUUGCAGCAUACGACGCGGACCUUCCACGAUCUCCAGGGCCGGGUGGAGAGUCGGGACUCGGGUGUGUGGAUCAACAGCUUCGACUACACAGGCAUCCAGCACAUCACGCCGCAUAUCCCUGAGAUCAACGAUAGCGUUCGCACGCACUGCCGCGAGGACCGCCCCUUUUGCGGCUACCCUUGGUUUCUGCCUGUCAAGUUCCUCAGCAAGAAGAACUGGUAUCUCCCUGCUCCACAAGUGUCUCCUAGCUCUCCGGUGGAGUUCAGCCUGGUGUCCAAGGAGGAGACGACGUGGGGAACCAUCAAGAUGACCUUUGACGUCAAAGGUCCGAGUCACAUGUCGCUGUACUUGAUGCCUCAUAAAGGAGCCAGCCUCUCCUCAUGGUCCUUUGGUGACGGCACACCUCAGUUUGACCUGAGCGGAGAAUAUUUUGUCUUCUAUUCGCACGGCUUGGACGCGCCCACGUGGACCUUCUGGUUUGAAAUACAGCCGCCCAGCAACCCGUCCCCGUCAGGCCCCGAGGGAAUUAUCUCAGUGGCUAUCUCUACUCACUAUUUCUUCGGAAAGGACCAGAGGACACCUCAGCUGGAAGAAAUCCUGCACAGGUUCCCCUCUUGGGCUUUCCCUUCAUCUUGGGUUAGCACUUAUGACAUGUACAGAUACUGAGGGUGCCGCCCCCUCUGCUGCUCCCAGAUCAGCUGAGAUGUGGAGGAACUGUAAGUGGUUCUUGCUGCCUUUACACACAACCUCCCUCCCUACACACACACACACACACACACACACACACAGCCUGAGAGACCCCCACCAUCACUGUGUCUAACCAAGCGAAGAAAUCAUCUCACUUCCUGGUCGGCGCAAAGACGUGGGGAGGGGGGUCUUCCUUUUUAUUUAUCUCAAAUCUGUGGUGCCUUUUUUUCACCAUCUCUUUCUCCCCCACUCUAUCUUUCUUACCUCGCACCCUCCGUUUGCACUCUCAUGCUAACACGCUACCUCUCCUCUUCAUCAGCAAAAGCCUCCUUCCUUUGCUAACAACAACAAAACACUAUUAGCGUUGCAGUUUUCAUGCUCUAACUGGAAACCUUUUUAUGUUGCAUCUACUGCUACUUCACCCGUUAUCAUUUGUGAUAUUAGCAACAAAGCUAAUCGCUUGUGCGCGACAAACCCAAUGCAGACAGCUGUGCCUGGAAGUUAAAACAAAAUAUAUUAAGCUGUGAAAUCCACUUUUUUGGUUUUUGUUUUUAAACAUCAGACCUGAUAAAUGUUCAGGCGAGAAAAACCAGCAAGGCAACGUCAGACAUUGUUGUUUAUCUUCAUGUGUUGUCACGGUAACAGCGCAUCCGUGAACAUCUUUAUAUACUAUGCUGUUUGCUAGGGAUGGGCAUCAUCAUCAUCAUCAUCAUAACAAUUAUAAAUAAUAAUACAAAUGAACAAUUUUAUACAUAGUAAUAACAACUGAAAAGUAGAUACAAAUCUAUUAAUUACUUUUAUAUUAAUUUUGUCCAUUCUGUGGAAUUGACUGUUUGUGAAAUGGCUAGUGCACUACUUGGCUACUACCAGCAGAGGCGCUGUUGAUUCAGUCUCAACUCAAGUCUGCUCAAUACAAGACACUGGCAUGGAAACAUUAACAAAGUGUAAAAAGUAACAAUGAAUUCAUUGUAACUGUGAUUUUAUAAACCCACUAAAAAAUUAGAUUUGCUCAUAACUGAUGGUAAAUCUUUCCCCAGUAAUAAAGCAUAUUUAAUAAAUAGCAAUUCUGUUUUUUUCCUAAUUAAUAAAAAAGUAAAUAAAAAUGUUCCCCAAUUGAUAAAAAUGAGAAAAAUGUACAAAAAAAUGUAUUGUAAGUUCUCAACAAAAUAAAUCUAAUGCCCAUCCCUAGUGUUUGAUGGAUAAUAUGCAUUGUUAUUCUUGCCUGUAUAAGUGGGCCACAUCAGCCGACACUGUACUGUCACUGACACUGUGUGCCACUUUAGUAGUCGUCGUAGUAGUAGUAGUACUAAUAAUAAUAAGUCAUGAGAUUACUGAACGCUGCUAUGACUACUUCCUACUGUCAAAAAUAGCGUGUGACCUCCUUCGUCCUCGCCACCUAUCAGCCCACCCCCAUCCAUCACACAUCACAGAUUGUUUGCACUCACUUGAAACUCUUUUCACAUUGAUUGUUGAAACUGCUGACACGGGCCGCCAGUGUACAGGACAAAUACAUCUCCUGGACAAAAGUAUUGGGACACUUGAGGUCAGAGAUCACUGCUGUUUAAGCUUAAUUGAUUAAUAGGUGUGUCUCAACAUUUUUGUCCAUACAACACAAUUUUGAUUGUUCUAGAUCAUUGCAAUGGAAGGAGUACCCACUUUGAUUAAGGAACUAAUUAAAAUAUUACUACAGUGGAACCUCCAAAGCUGAACAACACAAAAAGUGGUGCAAUUUGGAGCACCCCCUGAUUUUCAUGGUAAAAUUCAUUAAAACAAUAACAUACUGUACACACAUUAACGUAAAUACAUUAAGUAUACAGUCGUCCCUCGCUAUAUCGCGGUCCGAAUAUCGCUCACUGUGAGUUAAAAAAAAACCAAACAUCAUUGCAGUUUCGUGGUUGCCUAUGGCAAAGUCAAAUAAUAUUGAAAGAGGCAUCAGGGAUGUUAUGCGACAUUGCGUUAGAUUACAUUACCUUUCACACUACAUGGAGACUGGCUACUGAGCCGACAUACCAUGGCUGAAAGGGACAUGCUAGGGCUGAGAUGGAGUAAAAAAAAAAAAAAAAAACGUUCUCCUCUCAUUCCGUGUGGAAGCGGUACGUUUUUGGCUUCUCUGUCCUUUUUUUCCCCACUUUUCAGUGUAGAAUCAGUAAAUUGGAGAGGCUAACUAGUUAGCUCGGUAGCUUGCUAUGCUAGCAGCGGCUGUCUGUUAUGUCCAUGCAGAGAUCCUGCACAACGUGGUGUAAACAAAGAAUAAGUGUAAAAGGGACUAUCGGGGCGUUAUUUCAUGUCUACAAGGCUCAAAUAAUGUUGAAACCUGCAUUUAGAAAGUCAAAACAGUUUUUUUAUGCUCUUAACUACAAAAAUAUUCCAUUUAUUAAUAUUGAAUCCUACUUUGUCGAGAUUGACUUACCACGGUCGGGUCUGGAACCAGUUAACCACAAUAAAUGGGGGAUAACUGUACACUACAGUGCAAUACCUUUAAAAUGCCACUAGCUGAUAAUACACUUAAAAAAGGUGAUCUGAUGUGACAUUUGGACCCUGGAACAAACUCAUUAAAUUACAUUACACAUUUAAAUUUACAUGAUUUCCUAUGAAAUCAACCAGCAUCACAGACUGUCUUCCACUUUGGAAGUUCCACUGUCAAUUUUGUAUAUUCUUUUGUUACUUGUUACUGUAAAUGGCAAAAGAAAUAAAUGGUUGAAGUAUCAAGAGUGUAAGCAUAUUAGAACAAGGCGUCUGAUUUAAAGUUGUAGCACCGUCAUCUUCACAGUUUGUCCACAAUAACAACACAAAUAGAAAUAGUUUCAACUGUUGAUGAGAGCUAUCAUAGGCUACAUGUUGGAAAGUCUUAAAGCCUGUAGAAGUCAAAGCUGUUUUUUGUUUCUAUCCAAAAAGGUUUUAACUGCUUUGUUUUAUUAUUAUUUUUGUUGACCAUUCACUCAUUCCUCCUUCAAUAACUUUUUGAUACUUCAGUUUUCUUUUUUCAAUUUUAAAUACUGACCAUCUUUUUUGAGUAUGUGAUGGAUUUGACACUUUACCUCUAACUGCUGUUUUUGGUUUGUUUAAAAAAAAAAAUGCAGUUUUGAAUCGAGUUCCUAUGGACUGUUGCGACUGGGAUUGUGGGUUUAAUACUUCAUUGAUUUUACAUGAUGACAAAGCUUGAACGAAAUAAGCACUUCUAAUUAAAAAAAGCUUAUUAUUA